AUGGCAGAAGCCAGUAUUCUAAUUGGUCAGGAUGAGUUCAUGUGUUCAGUGUGUCUGGAUCUGCUGAAGGAUCCAGUGACCAUUCCCUGUGGACACAGUUACUGUAAGAGCUGCAUCACAGACUGCUUGGAUCAGGAGGAACAGAAGAGAGUCUACAGCUGCCCUCAGUGCAGACAGACCUUCGGUCCCAGGCCUGCUUUAGCUAGAAACACCGUGCUAGCUGAAGUGGUGGAGAAACUGAAGAAGACCAGACUCCAAGCUGCUGAUAGUUUCUCUGGAUCUGGAGACGUGGAGUGUGACGUCUGCACUGGGAGCAAACACAAAGCUGUCAAGUCCUGUCUGCUGUGUCUGAACUCUUACUGUCAGAAUCACCUGCAACAACAUGAGAGUUUCUUUAGAGGUAAGAAACACAAAUUGACUGAUGCCACUGGACGACUACGAGAGAUGAUCUGCACAAGACAUGAAGAACCGCUGAAGCUCUACUGCAGAACUGACCAGCACUGCAUCUGUUAUCCGUGUUUGAUGGAUGAACACAAGAACCAUGAAACUGUGACAGCGGAAGCAGAGUGGACAGAGAAGCAGAGGAUUCUGAAGGAGACGCUCCAGCAGAGAAUCCAGCAGAGAGAGAAAGAUCUUCAGCAGCUGAGAGAGGCUGUGGAGUCUCAUAAGCGCUCUGCACAGACAGCAGUGGAGGACAGUGAGAGGAUCUUUACUGAGCUCAUCCGCUCCAUUGAGAGAAGCCGCUCUGAGCUGAUACGGCUGAUCAGAGAUCAGGAGAAGACUGCAGUGAGUCGAGCUGAAGGACGACUGGAGCGACUGGAGCAGGAGAUCAAUGAUCUGAGGAGGAGAGACGCUGAGCUGGAGCAGCUGGAGCACACACAGGAUCACAUCCAGUUCCUGCAGAGUUUCUCCGUUCCUCCUGAAUCUACAGAGCAGCCCAGCAUCACCAUCAGUCCUCACUUCUCUUUCAAUCAUGUGGGAAAAUCAGUUUCUAAUCUGAAAGAAAAACUGGAGGAUUUCUGCAAAGAAGAGAUUGAACAGAUUUCUGGCAGAGUAAAAUACAUUGAAAUUAUUCCCAUCAAAGAAUCGAAGACCAGGCCAGAGCUUCUGCAAUAUUGCAAGUUUCUUACUCUGGAGCCAAACACAGUGAAUAAAUGCCUCCAUCUGUCUGAGGGAAACAGUGUGGCUAAAGGCACUAAAAAAGCCCAGCCGUAUCCUGAUCAUCCAGACAGAUUUGAUUAUUAUUUUCAGGUGUUGUGUAGAGAGAGUGUGUGUGGACGCUGUUACUGGGAGCUGCAGUGGAGUGGAGAUAGAGGUGUGGAGAUAUCAGUGUCAUAUAAGAGCAUCAGCAGGAAGGGAGGUAAAGAGUGUUUGUUUGGAAACAAUGAUCAGUCCUGGAGUUUGAUCUGCACUCCUGACAGUUACUCAUUCAGUCACAAUAACACAGAGACUGCUCUCUCUGUAGAGUCCAUCAGCAGGAGAAUAGGAGUGUUUGUGGAUCACAGAGCAGGAACACUGUCCUUCUACAGCGUCUCUGACACAAUGAGCCUCAUCCACACAGUCCAGACCACAUUCACUCAGCCGCUCUAUCCUGGGUUUUGGGUUGAUUCUGGAUCAUCAGUGAAACUGUGUGACCUAACAGCAGAGAUAGAAACUUGAGUCUGUGACUUGGACUCGAGUCGCACACAAGUCACAAAAGAACACAACUUGGACAUGAGACCAAGUCAACUCACACUCUCUCUCACUCUCACUCUCACACACACACACACAUAAUACACACGUCAGUUUUUCUCUGAAUUUAAACUUUAAAUCUUCUAAUUGAAUACACAUUUUUCAUAUUUAGCUGUUAAUACUUAGCUGCAAAUAUUUAUGGUUUAGUUGUUUAUUAAAAUACAUAAGUGGAAAUCCAUGAUGUUCAAUGGACUGCUGGAGGAAGGCCGAGGCUGUCGAUGACAGAUUGCUGUGUGCUGCGCCUAUAUCAUCUGGAGAAAAUAUAAACAUGAUAUAAAUGAGGUUUUUUUACAAGAUAUUAACUUCCUGUAAAAUCCAAUAAUGCCAACAAAGAUGCAGGAACUGAGUAUUUGUUCAGCCGGAAUGGAGAGGAUGCUCAUCGUGGUGUGAACACGAUGCAUGGAUGCUCUAGCACUGCAUGCAGCACGCUUUCAUUGAUAUCCAACCCAUCUGAAUUCUGCACAGAAUAUUUGUAUUUUAAAGUGCUAUGGAAGAGAUCAGCCAUCACAAAUGCAUGCUCAGAUUGGGCCUAAUACCAUAAUGUCAUUGCACCUAAGGUCGUGUCUGCAGCAGGCGUGACAGUCAAUUGAACAUUAGUGCCAUCUGCUGGAAGGAUGUUGCUCAGCUGAAAAAUACCUGGGCCCCAUUCACAAAACAUUUUAUCU